UCAUGGCUGCUGUUCGUGGUUCUUUUGAGGAAGAUUAUCGCCUCCUUCCUCGGUACUGUAAUCUGAUAACGAUGACAAAUCCAGGAAGCAUGGCUCUUGUUUAUGCAGAUUCUGCUGAUAACUGCUUUCAGCGCCUUUUUGUUUCGUAUCAUGCAUCAAUCUUUGGAUUUCUAAAUGCAUGUAGACCUCUGAUUGCACUUGAUAAAACUCUCUUGAAGAACAAAUACCUUGGAACAUUGAUGCUGGCCAGUGGUUUUGACGGAGAAGGUUCUGUUUUCCCUCUGGCAUUUGCAGUGGUUGAUGAAGAAAAUGAUGAUAACUGGAUAUGGUUCAUCUCUGAGUUGCGGAAUCUGCUGGAGAUCAAUGCAGAAAACAUGCCAAAACUCACCAUAUUGUCUGACAGACAGAAGGCUAUUGUAGAUGGAGUAGAAGCAAAUUUUCCCACAGCUUUCCAUGGAUUCUGCAUGAGUCAUCUUGGUGACAAUUUCCAAAGGGAAUUUAACAAUCCUAUGCUCGUCAAAUUGUUUUGGGAAGCAGCUCAUGCCCUCACCAACUUUGAAUUCGACCAAAAGAUUCUUCAAAUCGGAGAAAUAUCACCGGCAGCUUUUGCCUGGAUCCAAAACAAUCCUCCUCGAUUCUGGGCUAAUGCAUAUUUUGAAGGGACAAGAUUUGGACAUGCAACAGCAAAUGUAGCAGACUCAUUGAAAAGUUGGAUACAUGAAGCCUCCAGCCUUCCCUUAAUUCAGAUGAUGGAGUGUUUUCGCCGGAAAUUAAUGAUUCUGUUCAAUGAGUGUCGUGAAAGAAGCAUGCAAUGGACCGGAACCCUUGUCCCCUCUGCUGAAGGCCAUGUGCUAGAGGCUAUAGAGCAUGCAAGUGCUUGGCGUGUUCUGAAAGCAAAUGAAACUGAAUUUGAAGUUGUGUCCCAGGAUGGAGCGUUUAGGGUAGACAUCCGCAACCGCAGCUGUUGGUGCCGUGGGUGGGAGCUACAGGGGCUGCCCUGCACCCAUGCCGUGGCAGUUCUUCAUUCUUGCAGGCAGAAUGUACAUAGGUUCACAGAAAGCUAUUUCACCGUGGCAAACUAUCGGAAGGCGUACUCACAGACCAUACACCCAGUACCUGAUAGAACCCUUUGGAAAGAUAUGUUGGAGCAAGUCCAAGGCCAAGAGGAAAGUGAAGCUGAGGUAAUUAUAAGGCCGCCAAAGUCACUCCAGCCACCAGCACGGCCAAGGAAGAGGCGACUUCGGACGGAGGGUGUCGGUGGUCGUGCAAAACGGGUGGUGCACUGCAGCCGCUGUAAUCAGACAGGGCAUUUUAGAACGACAUGUGCAACCCCUAUUUAGGCACCCAUGUUUGUUUCAACAUAUUCAUUUUGUGUUCUUUGUGCAGACAGGGCAGGAUGGAUUUUCUUUUAGUUUUUUUUUUUCUUUUACUUCUUUUGAUUUUAGGAAAUCAGAGGGUAACUUUAGUGGCAAAGUGUAUAGAAAGUGAGAUAGAAAAAUUUAGGUGUUACAUUCAAACUUUUGGGUGUGGAAGGGAAACGUUGUCAGCAAUUUAGAUUCAAUAGAUUGAUAGAAGGCCUAAAGUGUCUUUUGAACUGUAAGAUAAUUUAGGGUCUAGUGUUGUGAUCCUUUUUGUACUAUGUUUCAUUAAACUAUUAUAAUGUUU